AUGGAGGCGCGCGGGGAGCUGGAUCCCGCCCGGGAGUCGGCGGGAGGCGACCUGCUGCUGGCGCUGCUUGCACGGAGGGCCGACCUGCGCCGAGAGAUCCCCCUGUGUGCCGGCUGUGACCAGCACAUCCUGGACCGCUUCAUCCUGAAGGCUCUGGACCGACACUGGCACAGCAAGUGCCUCAAGUGCAGCGACUGCCACACUCCACUGGCCGAGCGCUGCUUCAGUCGGGGGGACAGCGUCUACUGCAAGGACGACUUUUUCAAGCGAUUCGGGACCAAGUGUGCCGCGUGCCAGCUGGGCAUCCCGCCCACACAGGUGGUGCGCCGCGCCCAGGACUUCGUAUACCACCUGCACUGCUUCUCCUGUGUGGUGUGCAAGCGGCAGCUGGCCACAGGCGACGAAUUCUACCUCAUGGAAGACAGCCGGCUGGUGUGCAAGGCAGACUACGAGACCGCCAAGCAACGAGAGGCCGAGGCCACCGCCAAGCGGCCGCGCACAACCAUCACCGCCAAGCAGCUGGAGACGCUGAAGAGCGCCUACAACACCUCGCCCAAGCCCGCGCGCCACGUGCGCGAGCAGCUCUCCUCCGAGACCGGUCUGGACAUGCGUGUCGUGCAGGUUUGGUUCCAGAAUCGCCGGGCCAAGGAAAAGAGGCUGAAGAAGGACGCUGGCCGGCAGCGCUGGGGGCAAUAUUUCCGCAACAUGAAGCGCUCCCGCGGCAGCUCCAAGUCGGACAAGGACAGCAUCCAGGAGGGGCAGGACAGCGACGCCGAGGUCUCCUUCACCGAUGAGCCCUCCAUGGCUGACAUGGGCCCUGCCAAUGGCCUGUACAGCAGCCUAGGAGAGCCUGCCCCAGCCUUGGGCCGGCCCUCGGGAGCCCUGGGCAGCUUUGCACUGGAGCACGGAGGCCUGGCCGGCCCGGAGCAGUACCGAGAGUUGCGCCCCAGCAGCCCCUAUGGCAUCCCCCCCUCCCCCGCUGCCCCGCAGAGCCUCCCAGGCCCCCAGCCCCUCCUCUCCAGCUUGGUCUACCCAGAUACCAGCUUGGGCCUGGUGCCCUCAGGGACCCCAGGAGGCCCUCCGCCCAUGAGGGCGCUGGCGGGCAACGGACCCAGCUCUGACCUGUCCACGGGGAGCAGCGGGGGUUACCCUGAUUUCCCUGCCAGUCCUGCCUCCUGGCUGGAUGAGGUGGACCAUGCCCAGUUCUGA